AUGUCAGCAUCUCCAGAAACACCCAAAAAAACCUCGCGAACUUUUUCGUUUCUUCGUUUUCUUCCUGUUCGCAUCGACAAGUUCUGGUGUGCAGCUCAGCCUUCGACAACUAAUUCACCAUGGCUCCGUACGUUGAUGUCCCCCCGACGAAGAGAGAUGGAAGAGAUUGAGGGCGCUGGAUGCGUUGCUAACAUGUCUGUGUUCAUUGCAGGCGCGCAUACUCCAAGACCUACAAGGUCCCACGUCGUCGUAAGUAUUGAGCUAUUCUCCAAGUUGCGAUUUGAAUAUUCUGCAGGAAAAAAAAAUGACUCCGAAUUGAAGCUGGUCGGCGAAUAUGGCCUCCGCAACAAGCGUGAGGUGUGGCGUGUCAACCUGACUUUGUCCAAGAUCCGUCGUGCUGCUCGUGAGCUUCUCACUCUUGACGAGAAGGAUCCCAAGCGUCUUUUCGAGGGUAACGCCUUGAUUCGACGACUUGUCCGUGUUGGUGUCCUCGACGAGUCCCGCAUGAAGCUCGAUUACGUGCUUGCUCUUAAGAUUGAAGAUUUCUUGGAGCGCCGUCUUCAGACUUGCGUCUACAGACUUGGAUUGGCCAAGUCCAUCCAUCAUGCCCGUGUUCUUAUCAGACAGAGACACAUCCGUGUCGGCAAGCAAAUCGUCAACGUCCCAUCCUUCGUUGUCCGUCUUGACUCCCAGAAGCACAUUGACUUCUCCCUCACCUCUCCUCUUGGUGGUGGCCGCCCUGGCCGCGUUAAGCGCAAGAAGAUGAGAGCUGCCGAGAAGGGUGAUGACGAGGAGGAGGAGGAAGACGAGGAGUAG